AAGUCUGUACUGUAAAUGCACAAUAGAUCUACAUAAAUUAAAAAAUAGAAUGAUGUUAAUACGGAUAGAAGUAUUCGGGAUUCUAAUAGCUCUAUCUUUAGCGACUUUGCCAAGCCAAGUCUCAUCCGCAAGGGAGACCAAGAGAUCCAGCAUUUUUGACAUAUUGAACAAUAAAUGUAUGAACAAAAUCGGGUCGCUUCAAGAGGAUAUCGAUUUGAAGCAGAAGAAAAUCAUUGAACUGGAAGCAAUACUAAAAGCUGCGGCAAAAACUAAUGUAUCAGAUGUAAUCGACCAAGACAAAUUUGAUUUUCAACAUUCUCUUCAACUCUGCAAAAGCCAUUUAUUUCUAUCUAAUGAAAAGUUUCAUAAACUAAAGCUAUUGAACUUAAGAGAAGUCCAGAAGAUUCUUGAGGUCAAGAAAAAAAUGCAUGGUGAAACAGAUUCCAAUUCAUAUGAAAAGCAAGUGAUUGAAAAAACUGCUUGGUGUGAGAAAUGGCAGAGUAUUAAAAUCAAAGAUACGACACGCACAAUACGCGAAUGGAAAGCAGUAAAAGCUGAUUUCAGUAAAGUAAAUGAAACACUAGUACAGUGCCAAAAGCAAGCUUACAGCCAAGUGGAGGAAUUUCUAUCCAUUGUCAGAGAGCUGAUGUCAAGGGUGUAUACUGUAUUUGUAAAAUACAUCAACAAAAUAACCCAGUAUAACAAUAUAUGCGAGUCGGAUGUCGCGGUACCUGGAUGGAUUGUGAUACAGCGGCGCAUAUUAAGACCGAACGCAGAGAACUUUACCCGGAAUUGGCAGGACUAUAGGCAAGGCUUUGGACGGUCGGCUUCGGAGUUUUGGCUAGGACUAGACAACUUAUAUCGGUUAACACAUCUGCACCGUUACGAACUCGCUAUUUUGUUUGUGGACCAAAAUGACCACCAAUAUAUGGAGAAAUACAAUGACUUUGUAAUUGGCGGUGAGGAGGACAAUUUUAAGAUAGUUUCACUGGGAAAUUAUUCGGGCCCACUUGGUGGGGGCUUGCGAGACCGUAUCGGAGUACCUUUCUCUACAUACGAUAGAGUCAAUGCUGCACCGAAUGAGAGUUGCUCUGGGAAAUACAAAGAGGGCUGGUGGUAUACAGACUGUGAGCAUGGUAACCUGAACACAGACUUUAGCUCAUGUGACCUUGGAAAGCCUUCCUCGGAUUUAAGCCCUGCCUGUACAUUUUCGGGAUUUUCCAUAUUUGUCCCCAAAAGAGUGCAGAUGAUGAUACGCUAUUAUUUCCCAUAAUCUUGUCAAUUUGGCCAAAGGCGAAUAUAAAAAGGACAUUCUUUCUUGAAGCUUGAGAUGAUAAGAGUGA